UAGCAGGAGUCUGUUGUAUGUUGCGCUAGUAUCAAUAUUUUCACUCACCAUGCCGGAAAAAUGUAUUGACUGUGAAAAGGAAGCUAUUGUAAAAUGUAGUGGAUGUGGAAAAGUGUUGUUUUGCAGUGACGAACAUAAAAAGAAACAAUCUGCUUCUCAUAAAAAUGUUUGUAAACCCUACAGAAUAGAGAACAAUGAAAAAUAUGGAAGGUACCUGGUGGCCUGCAGACCAGUCCAGCAAGGAGAAAUGCUACUCAGAGAGAGAGCUGUCAUCGUCGGUCCUCAUCUGGACACUCUCCCGUGCUGUCUGGAGUGUCAAGAACCUCUCUACCCUCCAGGGACUCCCUGCAGUGUCUGUGGAGUCCCAGGGCUCUGCCCCCGAUGUACCCACGACCCUCUGGAAUGUCACCUGUUCAAGGGACUCAAUACGGAUCAGAAGGAAGCGCUCAUGAACGCCAACAACCAGCAUGUCCUACCACUACGAGUGCUGUUGAACAUAAGAUCAGAAGAAGGGGACCAAAGAUUCAAGAAUAUUUUGGAGUUAGAGGCUCACUUGGAGGAAAGAAAAGACACAGAUGCUUGGCUGAGUCACCAGAAACAUGUGGUUGAGCUGUUCCAGAAACUUGGUGUGAUUACAGCAAAUCCAGAAGACGAGGAACUUGUUCAGAAGAUCUGUGGGGCCCUGGACGUAAACAGCUUUGAGGUGCGGGGGCCUGUGGGGCCAAUCCCUGGGGCGGGGCCAAGGCUGCGGGGCGUCUACACGGAGGCAGCCAUGAUGGCUCAUGACUGUGUUUCCAAUGUUCAUCUCUCAGUGGACGAUCAUUAUGUGAUGAGUGUACGAGCAGCUGUUGAUAUUCCAGAGGGUCAUCCCAUCUUGUAUAACUACACUGAUCCGUUACAGCCAACUCGUGAGCGUCAGAAACAUCUGUGGAUGGGGAAGUACUUUGCGUGCAGUUGCUCCCGAUGCUCAGACCCCAAGGAGCUGGGGACGUACAUGGGAGCGGUGAAGUGUCCAAGGUGUAGAGCAGGCUACGUCCUGCUGAAUCCUCAAGACCAGGAGUGGUCUUGUGAGAAGUGUCACAAAGUGUUCAACCACGGGAUGAUGGUGUUGGCGACGCUGCUGUGCCGGGACAAGCUGGACUCUCUGGACAGAGCGGACCCCGACGCUCUGGAAUCGCUACUACACAAGUUGCGGAACACGCUGUCUCCGUCUCACAGCGUUGUUGUUGAUAUCAAACAGAGCAUCAUAGCAGCUCUGCGGGAGCAGCAGCCGACAAGAGCAAACACGAGGAGGAAGAUUGAACUUUGCAGAGAGUUACUACCUCUUCUGCAAGCAAUAGAGCCAGGAUUGAGCAGACUUAGGGGGAUAACUCUCUAUGAGCUACACAUUGGUCUAGUGACAAUGUCGCAAGAAUUUGGAGAACACGAGUGGCUGCAAGAAGCGCAAGAUGUGUUGAAGGAAGCAGUAAGUCUAUUACUUUACGAGCCGAGCAAAUCCCCAGAAGGUGAACUAGCAAAACAAGCCAUCCAGGAGCUGAAGACUUUGAAACAGCUGGCUGCAAAACAUGAGAAGAAGAAGAACAAGGCGAAACAUAAAAAAUAACUUGUUAUGUGAUAAAUAAAGGUAGUU